UCCGGCCAAACUUACGAAAAAGCAAAUGAAGCCCAAUAAGCAUUUUUAGUGCGCAAAUACCUAGAUCCCAUUUGACCAUAAGAUUUUCAAAAGAAAAUUUUGAAAACAAUGUUUGUUUAAGAAAUUUGGCAAGUUCAUACAAAUAUUUCCCUAGUUAGUCAACUUCAAAUUUCACAAACUCAUUUUUCCAAAUUUCAACUAAAAUCUACAGCCAAAAGUACAAGUCGCCAUUAACAAAGUUCAAGGUGAACAGAGAAUGAAGAUAGCAGAAUCAAUAAAAUAUUUAGCUUCAAGUUGUUUUUGUCUCGAGAUCCAGGAAAUACAUUAAACAACUUCACUUCUGUUUUAGCCCCAACUUUACUCCAAUGUUUUUUUCUCUUCUGAUACAACAACUCAGAUAGAUAGUUUCUGACCACUAACUCCAAUCCCCAUGGCUAGAUUUUCAUCAAGAAACAGAUGUUCAUAUCCUUUACUGGUUUGUAUCUUGGUGGGGUUCUUGAUUUUGCUUCAUUUCUCAUCUUUGGGUAGUUAUAGAGGUAUUCAAAAAGGGCAGAUUCAAGAAAGAUAUGAAGAGUUGGAGGAGAUCCAAAUUCCUCAAUCAAGUGGAAGCCAAUCCUCAGAAGCCAACAUGCUAAUUGAUGAAUUCCUUGAUAAGUCUUCUAAACUCAGGCACAUUUUCUUUCCUGACAUGACGACUAGCAUAGACCCUAGAAAGAAUACUAAAGAUGACACCUUUUACUAUUACCCUGGGAGAAUUUGGUUAGAUACUGAUGGGCAUCCUAUUCAAGCUCAUGGAGGUGGGAUUCUUUAUGAUGAAAGAUCAAGAAUGUAUUUUUGGUAUGGAGAGUACAAGAAUGGUCCUACUUAUCAAGCUCGCGGGAAGAAUGUAGCUCGAGUAGACAUCAUUGGUGUUGGCUGCUACUCUUCUAAAGAUUUGUGGACUUGGAAGAAUGAGGGUAUUGUACUAGCUGCGGAUGAACAUGACGAGGAUCAUGACCUUCACAAGUCUAAAGUAUUGGAGAGGCCUAAAGUAAUCUACAAUGAGAAGACAGGUAAAUAUGUAAUGUGGAUGCACGUUGAUGAUUCAAAUUAUACCAAAGCCUCUGUUGGAAUUGCCAUAAGCAAUUCCCCUACUGGUCCUUUUCGAUAUCUAUACAGUAAAAGGCCUCAUGGUUUUGAAAGCAGGGACAUGACUUUGUUCAAAGAUGAUGAUGGUAAGGCAUAUGUUAUUUACUCCUCUGUACACAACAGGGAGCUUCAUAUUGGUCUUCUUGAUCAAGAUUAUGUAGAUGUUACUAAUGUUAUGACAAGGGUUCUCGUGGGGCAGUAUAGAGAGGCCCCGGCCUUGUUCAAGUACCAAGGAACUUACUACAUGAUCACAUCAGGAUGCAGUGGUUGGGCACCAAAUGAGGCACUGGCUCAUGUGGCUGAAUCAAUUAUGGGUCCAUGGGAGACUAUAGGCAACCCAUGUAUAGGAGCUAACAAAGUUUUUCGAGUCACCACAUUCUUUGCUCAGAGCACAUAUGUGCUCCCCAUUUUUCCUGGUUCAUUUAUUUUCAUGGCAGAUCGCUGGAAUCCAGAUGAUUUGGGUGAUUCUAGAUAUAUAUGGCUUCCUUUAACUGUGGAGGAAGUAGCAGGCAGUCAACGACCAAGAGUAUCUAUCUUUUGGCACAAAAGAUGGAAGCUCUUUAAAAGUCCAGUAUAGAAGAAUGAAUGCUUAUAGUUUUCUCAUCAUAGAGCAAGUUGCUAGCUUUUUGUGGAUUAUUAGAACUAAUGUGAAGUGAUUACAAGAACAUCUAUUAGAAUAACUUUUACCUAAUUGGAACUUGCAUUACACACAAUUUUAUGCCAUGUAUAUCAAGAUGUAUGAUUGCAGCUUCUUAUUUAUGCAUUUUCAAGCAACCAAAAACUAUCUCCAACUCAAGGAGACAGAAAAGACUUAAUUUUUUUCAUCAGUUUUGCGACACACAACCAAAUUGUAACCUCCAAUCAACUUGCAAUUUGGUGAGCUUUUCAAAGUCAUUUUUUCCAAUUUUCCUUAAUCUUGAAGUAAGACUAGAGUUUCAUCCCAUGACAGGGAAUUCAAUUACAUUCUUACAAUGAAUGAGUAAGCUAGAUAGAUGGUAUUGCUUAUAUGGUCAGAGCCCUACAGGUGAAAAUCUUGCCAGGCAACACAUAACAUUUAGAAAGAAGUGUAUACAAUAAGAGGGUUAGAGUUUCUGGAAGAACUCAUAGUUUAUAAGUUUAACAUAUAUAUCCAAAACAAAUCAAUUCUACCUCAGAACAGAGGAUUAUAGGAAUUAGAAAGAGAGUGAAUCUUGAUGCAGGAAAAAAGAAAAUGUUUUAACAGACCAAAGUUUCAUUCAGAUUCCUCUACAGCAGUUUCAAUUCGGAGGAGGACGAAUCCAACAGCAACUCCAACAAGAACCAAGCCAGGAAUAAUGGAAGCAAUCCUGAAAAUCUCAAGAGCAGCAUUGCAGGUAGAGGACAAAGCUCCACCUUUGGCUUGUGAUGAUGGGGUUUUCAAUGAGCUAA